UAUGUACUCCAACUUGAGCACAACCAAAAACACACACAGUGGGUGAGAGAUGUCAAGCACUAGCUGCUGCAUAGAAGUAGGAACAUCACCUGAGCAGCUUUGUUACAUCCCUUGCAGCUUUUGCAAUAUCGUUCUUGCGGUGAGUGUACCAUGCAGCAGCUUGUUUGAUAUGGUAACCGUGAGAUGUGGACACUGCACCAAUUUGUUGUCUGUGAAUAUGAGCAUGGCUGCUGGUGUUAACAACCAGUGUCACUCCAAUUCCACCUCCCAAGAUGACUCUUCUUCUUCUCAUCACCAUGAUCACCAUCACCAUCACCAUCACCAGCAAGAUCCUAAUCACACUUCGAGGGUUGAUUUAGGAUCAUCUACAAGAUGCAUGCCCACGAAAUCACCUCCUCCUUCAAUCGCCGAUGAUCAAAGAACCAUCAAUCGUCCUCCAGAAAAAAGGCAACGCGUUCCAUCCGCAUAUAACCAAUUCAUCAAACAGGAGAUUCAAAGGAUUAAGGCUAAUAAUCCAAAUAUAAGUCAUAGGGAAGCAUUCAGUGCUGCUGCAAAAAAUUGGGCACAUUUUCCUCACAUUCAUUUUGGGUUGAUGUUGGAGGGAAACAAUCAUCAAACAAAAUCCAAUGAGCUGAGCUAUGUCCAAGGAUCUAAGAAGCGAUUAAAGUCAACAGCAGAGUAAUUUAAUGAAUAACUGAUAUUUAUAUUUCGAAAAUAUUUUUUGUUUUAUUUUUUCGAUUCUAUCAUGUCAUUCUCGUAUUUUAAAUUUUAUCAAAUGUAACUGAUAGUACUCUGGUUUGCUAUAUGAAAUUAUUUGUUUCGGCCA